UGAGCACCCGAAAUUCGGGCGUGGCGAGGUUGAAAUGACAAAUUGGUUGAAAUUUGAGCGAGUAGAAGGAACGAAACAGGUAUAAAAGCAAUUCCGAUCAUUUGGACAAUCACUGGACAUUUCAUCCUCAAGCAAUCAUCAUGAACUCAAUCGCUGCCGUAGUUUUCUUUGCCGUCGUUGCUGCCGCUAGCGCAGGCAUCGUAGCUCCCAGUGGUUUGAUUGCAAGCACUUAUGCUGCCCCAGCCCUUACAGCCUACUCUACACCCCUUGCUUAUAACACACCCUUGGCCUACUCUGCUCUUGCCGCUCCAGCCUACACCGCCUACUCUGCCCCUAUUGCCUACUCUGGUGCCCUUGGACAUGCUGCUGAAAGCACCGUAGUUGCUGGACCAUCUGGAACCAUCACCAAAACCAACAGCAUUGCUACCCCAGCAAUUGCUGCCAGAUACGCUCUCCCAAGUGCCUACACUUAUGGAGGUCUCUACUUGUAAAUUUGUGAUAAAUUAAUUAAAUAAUUGUAUGAAUAA